CUUUGCAGAGCCCCGUGGCUGUGACGCGAGCCCACGUCAGCGCGAGCGCCAGGCUGCAGCGGGCUGGGGGCGGGAGAGACCCAGACCCCUUCCGCCACCCGGGGAGCAACGGGUUAAUGCGGCCACGGGUGGAGCGACCAUAGAGUCGCGGUCCUCCACAGCCACCAGAGCGGAGUUGGGUACUACUCUUCCCCCGCCUCCCCUCCCCUCCCCUCCCUUCCAGCGGGAGAUUCCAUCCGGUCCGAGCGGCGCGUGGUGACGUCAGCGCGGGCGGGGCGGGGAGGCAGGGCUGGGUCCGGUGGGAGCUGCGGCAGCGCCGCCCGGGCCGGCUGCUAGGGGCGCGCGGCAGCACGUAUUCGGGCCGGGCCUGGAUCCCGCUCCGCGCUGCAGGCCGACUCCGCCCCGAGCCCCGGCGGCACCAGCCCGGCGCGUCCCCUCGCCCUGCUGCUUCGCUCCUGGCCGCGCCUGGGGCUCCCCUCUGCAGAGCGCGGGGAGGCUGCAGUGGCAUCAGGUCCCAUUAGAAUGUUGAGUCCAUUGGAUCCAUGCCUGAAAUCCCAGCUAGGUACCGGGUGGAGAGUAACCAAAUAUAAUCACCCAUUAUCCACUUCCCCAAACAGGAUAUUGAGAUCCCACACCAGACUUGAUCUGCAGCAACCAGCAAAGGGAGGUGGAGCUCUGGAGAAGGUGUGUGGUCUGAGGACCUGUUUCAAGAUUCCUCUGACAUGGAGGACCCCUUGGACUCAUCAGGAGAUGAAAGCUGCAUGGGUUCACUUCCCAGACCAGAGCCUUCUCUGCAAGCAGCAGGUGCCGGGAUGCUGAUCAAAACUGAGGAGCCACCUCCUGAGGAACAGCCCAUAAAUCUGAAGAAGGUUCCAGCCAGAAACCAGCUCCCUGCACUUUGGGGACAGAGAGCAGCUGAGCCCCAAAAGAGCCCUGGGUGCAGGGAAGGAUUCAAGGGACAGAGAGACCUGAGGAGCCAUGAGGGCAGUGCUGACAGGGCAGAGGCCUUGUAUAUCUGUGGGGAGUGUGGGGAGAGCUUUUGGGGCCAACGGGAACUGCGGGCGCAUGGCGGGACUCACAGGAGGGAGACAACAGCCCACCCAUGUGGAGAGUGCGGGAAGAGCUUCCGCUACAAGUCGCGUCUCCUCAUCCACCAGAGGACACACUCGGGACAGCGCCCCCACCUGUGCCCAGAGUGCGGGAAGAGUUUUGCCCACCCAGACUAUGUCCGCGUCCACCAACGCAUCCAUACAGGGGAGAAGCCCUACCGCUGUGGCCACUGCGGAAAGAGCUUCAUCCAGCCCUCCCACCUCCGGCUGCAUCUACGUGUGCACACAGGGGAGAAGCCGCACACGUGCACAGAAUGUGGGAAAAGCUUCAAGGACCCGUCCCAUCUCCGUGUCCACCUGCAUGUGCACACAGGGGAGAAGCCACAUGGCUGCUCAGACUGUGGGAAGACCUUCACGGACCUAUCCCACCUCCACGUGCACCAGCGCGUGCAUACGGGCGAGAAGCCGCAUCCUUGCCCAGAUUGUGGGAAGAGCUUCAACAACCCAUCCUACCUGCGUGUGCACCGACGUGUGCACACUGGGGAGAAGCCCUAUGGCUGCAGUGAGUGUGGCAGGAGCUUCCGGGAGAGCUCAGCCCUCACCAAGCACCGACGCAUCCACACCGGGGAAAAGCCAUACCACUGCACUCACUGUGGAAAGAACUUCCGGCACAGCUUUUCCUUCAGCAAGCACCAGCGCCUCCAUGCCAUGGAGAAGCCACUGCCUGGUGAUGAUAGUGGAGGGAAUUUUACUGAUGCUGCUGCUCUUGCCAAGCAUGAGCAGACCCACAGCCCAGACCCUUGUGACUGACAACGGUCAGUUUUGCUGGCUCUCCCCUCCCCGUCCUCUCCCAGCCUCAAGCAGGGGUAGCACUCAGCCUGAAAUGCCUCCCAGAUCACUCUGUUAGUUUGCAUGGCCCUGGACAUGGGAGUAUUCCCCCCAGGAGCACCCGAUGUGGGAUGUAGUUGGGGGUUAAAACUAACACAAGUUCUUUUUCCUCCAGCAUGUCAUUUAAAGGGUGGAACUUAUGGCCACCAGAUGUGGUGAAAACAAGGUAUUUAACCAGAUCCACAAAGGGAUUGGACACAUUCUUGGAGGAAAGGGGCAUCAGUAGCUAUUAAACAUGGGAGUGAGGAGCAUAGCCUCUGAAUCAGAACUACCUAGCCCCUAAAUGCUGGAUGUUGCAAGUGAGAGACAAACAGUAGGAAAAACCUUGCUCAAACCCAGCUCGUUCCCCCUUUCAGUAUCCACUCUCUGCCGUGGUACGACCAGGAUGCUGGGCCAGAUAGACCUAUGGUCUGACCCAGUCAAUGAUAGUUCUUACGUUAUGGGCUACAGCUGGAACAAAAGAGAAAACGGGGGCUCAGGACUGAACUGCAGGGCUCCUGGCUUCUCCCAGGUCAGUUGUCUGUGCUGCAGCACCCAGGAAUACUUCAUCUAGCCCCGCUGCUGCAGGCUUAAGGAGGAGCAUGAACCAAAGAGGCUUUAUUCACUUCCACUUGACUGAUAGAGUAACUGCAGUUGUAGUUGUGCCCAUAGUAGCACUAAAUAAACUUUUCCCUUCUGUC